AUGGUCCCACCAUCGUAUGCGCGAGCUACAGCCUCGUCCACACUGCGAGCAGGCCUGAACUCAUCAAAGGCAAAGAAAGCAGUAGAAGUACCUAAAGGAACGCCAAAAAAGCUCAAGAGGCCCUCAACCCUGACGAUCAAGGACCGUCAAGAAAUCAUCUACAGUGCUGACCUCCAUCCCAUCAAGCCGCUCAAUGCAAAAAAACCAUGUCCAUUGGCCACUCUGCCGUCUGAGCUACGCACUGAAAUCUACACCUACGUCUUAGACCAAGCCUCCACCAUCAUACAUCCUCAACAAUUCAUCUCGCCCAGAAAAGACCGUCCGCCAUGCUACAUCUGGCCGCGACUACUGCACAUAUGCCGCGCGAUUCGCAUCGAAGCCGCAUAUACAUACUACACCUCAACACCCUUCACAUGGACAGUCCGCAAUCUCAACUUCGCCCCUGUAAUCGCAUGGAUAGAUACUCUACCUCGAGAACACCGUGCCUUGCUGCCACGAAAUCGAUGCAUGAAGCUAGACAUCAUACCCCGUAUCUCCAACCACUUCGCCUACCCGCCGAGCAACUACCUUAUUGACGCCCCUAUCGAGUCACAUUGGAAGGCUUGCGAGCGCUUUGGGAACUUGUUCGCUGUAUCCGGUGAUCAGCAUCGCAAGCACUUUAUUAUCUUCUGCCGUCUCGGCGCGUGGUGGCUUUGGUGCGACAAGUAUGUCAAUCGAAAUAUACAGUGGACUUAUUUGUUUUGCAAAGAUUGGGCGCCGAAUGGCCUUAUGAAGCAUUACCGGAGGAGGUCUUUACUGUCUUUUCUAGAGGACCAUGUUUCUGUUUUGAUGGCGCCUUGUGUGCGGAAGGCUUGGAUAAAGAAUACUGGUACCGCUGGGAUGAGGAAAGAGGCAUCGAGGAUGCUUGAGGCGUUGGAUAUAUGGUAUAUGCAGAUUGCCAAAGCGCCGACGGAUCAAGUGAGUAGUAAAUGGAGAGAGAAGAUGGGUCUUAUCAAAGGAGUUGUAGAGAAGUGGUAG